CCCCUACCCAGCCCGUAGUAGUUGCCCGGCGUGCGCCCGGGGAGACCGGGAACAUGGCGCUCCGAGCGAUGUAGCCGCGGAGCAGGAGAGGGGGACGAGGCUCCGCCGCCGCGCUGACAGCCAAGCCACCAGAAAUACACUAUGGCAAAAUGUUCCCACCUCUUACCAAAAUGAACACUGAAGAAAAAUGAAGAGCAGCGAAGAGCACCAACAAAAAGUUGCAGAACAGAUAUAGCCACGCUCCUCUGGAGUCUGAUUCAUCCACAGCCAUCAUAAAAAAGGAUUUUGCACCAUGUUUGGGAAAAAAAAGAAAAAGAUUGAGAUAUCCGGCCCAUCCAACUUUGAACACAGGGUUCACACGGGGUUUGACCCACAGGAGCAGAAGUUCACCGGCCUCCCGCAGCAGUGGCACAGCCUGCUGGCGGACACCGCCAACCGGCCAAAGCCCAUGGUGGACCCUUCCUGCAUCACGCCCAUCCAGCUGGCGCCCAUGAAGACAAUCGUUAGAGGAAACAAACCCUGCAAGGAGACCUCCAUCAACGGCCUGCUGGAGGAUUUUGACAACAUCUCCGUGACCCGCUCCAACUCCUUGAGGAAGGAAAGCCCGCCCACCCCGGACCAGGGAGCCUCCAGCCGGGGUCCAGGCCAUCGGGAAGAAAACGGCUUUCUCACCUUCUCGCAGUAUUCCAGCGAAUCUGACAGCACUGCUGACUAUGCGUCUGAAAAGUACAGAGAAAAGAGUCUCUAUGGAGAUGAUCUGGACCCGUUUUACAAAGGCAGCCACCCUGCCAGGCAAAAUGGGCACGUAUUGAAGAUGCAACAUGGGGAGGCCUAUUAUCCUGAGAUGAAGCCUUUGCAGUCCGACAGAGCCAGAUUUCCUGCAGACUAUCAUGCACACCUGGACUCACUGAGCAAACCCAGUGAGUACAGUGACCUCAAGUGGGGCUUCCAGAGAGCCUCGGGCAGCUCCCCUCUGGAUUAUCCGUUCCAGUUCACACCUUCUAGAACUGCAGGGACCAGUGGGUGCUCAAAGGAGAGCCUGGCCUACAGCGAAAGUGAGUGGGGACCCAGCCUGGAUGACUAUGACAGGAGGCCAAAGUCAUCGUACCUCUGUCAGACGAGCCCUCAGCCUGCCAUGCGGCAGAGGUCCCGGUCAGGCUCCGGGCUCCAGGAGCCCAUGAUGCCCUUCGGAGAAAGUGCAUUUAAAACCCACCCCCAAGGACACUCCUACGGCUCCUACACGUACCCGCGCCUGUCUGAGCCCGCAGUGUGCGUUCCAAAGGUGGACUAUGAUCGAGCACAGAUGGUCCUCAGCCCACCGCUGUCAGGGUCCGACACCUACCCCAGGGGUCCCAGCAAACUACCUCAGAGUCAGAGCAAAGCAGGCUAUUCCUCAAGCAGCCACCAGUACCCAUCCGGGUACCACAAAGCCACCCUGUACCACCACCCGUCCCUGCAGACCAGCUCACAGUACAUCUCCACAGCUUCUUACCUGAGCUCUCUCAGCAUCUCAUCUAGCACCUACCCCCCACCCAGCUGGGGCUCCUCCUCAGACCAGCAACCCUCCAGGGUGUCCCACGAACAGUUCCGGGCUGCCUUGCAGCUGGUGGUCAGCCCAGGAGACCCCAGGGAAUACUUGGACAACUUUAUCAAAAUUGGGGAGGGGUCGACCGGCAUUGUGUGCAUCGCCACGGAGAAACAUACAGGAAAACAAGUCGCAGUGAAGAAAAUGGACCUCCGGAAGCAACAGAGGCGAGAGCUGCUUUUCAAUGAGGUUGUGAUAAUGCGGGAUUAUCACCAUGACAACGUGGUUGACAUGUACAACAGCUACCUUGUCAGUGAUGAGCUCUGGGUGGUCAUGGAAUUCCUAGAAGGCGGUGCCUUGACAGACAUCGUUACUCAUACCAGAAUGAAUGAAGAGCAGAUAGCCACUGUCUGUCUGUCAGUUCUGAGAGCUCUCUCCUACCUUCACAACCAAGGAGUGAUCCACAGGGACAUAAAGAGUGACUCCAUCCUGCUGACAAGCGAUGGUCGGAUCAAGCUGUCUGACUUUGGUUUCUGUGCCCAAGUUUCCAAAGAGGUGCCGAAGAGGAAAUCUCUGGUUGGUACCCCCUACUGGAUGGCACCCGAGGUGAUUUCCAGGCUGCCAUAUGGGACAGAGGUGGACAUCUGGUCCCUUGGAAUCAUGGUGAUCGAGAUGAUUGAUGGCGAGCCCCCCUACUUCAACGAGCCCCCCCUCCAGGCCAUGCGGCGGAUCCGGGACAGUUUACCUCCAAGAGUGAAGGACCUACACAAGGUCUCCUCAGUGCUGCGGGCGUUCCUAGACCUGAUGCUGGUGCGGGAGCCCUCUCAGAGGGCCACGGCGCAGGAGCUCCUCAGACACCCGUUCCUGAAGCUGGCGGGGCCGCCGUCCUGCAUCGUUCCUCUCAUGAGGCAGUACCGGCAUCACUGAGCGCAAGAGUCGCGGAGCUGAAGGCGAGGCGAGGCUGCGAGGCCAGGAGAACGCAAGGGAGCCCGGGGACCCAGGCCAGCCGACUGAUGGGCUCGGCAGACCAGCGCGUCCUCUUGUGUCUGAAACAGGCGUCUCUCCACUGACAGCUGGCACCGUCAUUUGGGACAUGGCUUUAAUAAGUCAUUAUUAUAUUUUUCAGCCUUUCAUCCAGCAAAUCAGGAGGACUCAGUACAAACUCUCUUAUGGUAUAUCCUAGCCACAUGCAGGGUAAUGCAUAGGAUUUUCUAUAUUGAAAGAAUACUUUUCUGGCAAAAAAAAAAAAAAAAAGAAAGGAAAACAAAAAGCACUUUUUUCUUAAUGGUAGCAGUGUAAUGUAUUUUGCAAUGAAUUUGUAAUUUUUCUGUACAAUAGUUUUGAUAAUUUAUAGUACUUUGAUGUCACGUAGCCAUUGUAUCAGUUGAAGUAAUACCUGUUUACUAGCAAGAGUUUGAAAAAAGUCUUUCCUACUUUUUUAUCCCUUUCAGAGAACCAACAACUCUUUAGGAACUUUGAAUACUGAAUGACUCUCAAUCACCGUCAGCUUUAGUAGAAUAUCUUUCUUAUCUUAACAAGUGUCUUAUGUGUUGGAAGAAGACUUAAGAGUGAUGGUGAUGGGGGUGGGUGCACAUUUCAUUUAUCCAACCAAAAAUAAUGCAGUGAAAUUUGAGCCACGGUAUGCCGCCAAAAAGAUUCCUUGGGAGAAAACUAAAUAUUUUGAAAAAUCACAUUUUCCUUCAAACCUGUUAGUAGUAGUAAACCAUCUUUUGCAGGCAGUAUGUUUCCCCUAGUACCUUCUCUUAAGUGAGUAUGACGUACCCUUGUGGCCAAAUUUCCCCCCCAAGGAGCAAUUUCAGUGCUAGGAUGGUUUGAUGUGUCUGUGGGAGGGGCUGAACGCCACGUUCCGCCCCUUUGCCAUCUUGAUUCAGCGCCGCAGGGCUCGGGUCCUUUGAACUUCAUUCCCUGAAUUGAAUGAUUCUAGAAGACUGAGAAUUCUAGUCUCACAGAAGGAAAAGAGAGAGAACAGGGCAAGGUGUUUGGUUUUGUUUGUCGCUGUUUUUAAAGCUCUGUAUGCUGGCACACCAAACUCUUGUCUGUGCUUACCUUCGCACCACGGUAUUCAUUGCUUCUGUUUCUGCACCAUACUGGAAGUCUGCACCCCAAAGGAUGCAUUAGGGAAAGGGGGUUUUUCCCAGGUGUGAUCUGAAUUCAGUUGUGACCAUGUUAUGUGUUUCUGACAUAGGAGAGUUGUGCUGCUGACUAGAUCUUCUUGAAUGUUGAUAAACAUGAAUGACUACUACAAUACAUUUUGUGUUGCUUGUUGGAAGAAUUUGCAUGUUAACUGUAGGCCAAUAUAGAUUUGCCUUUAAAACUCUGGAAAAGCUACAUAGUCAUCAUUAGUUUCUAUUAAUUCUGCAUCAAACAAAAGCCAUUUGUUACCAAACUGGAAAACCAGAGGCUUUUCUUAAUGACUUCACAUACUGUAACGAACAUGAAUUUAAAAUUCUGAAAAUGCUCUGGUUACUCUAAGCCUAAUUAAGAAUGUUUGUAAUUAAUAGGUUGCUAAUUAUUUAUUAUAGCUAAAAAGGAAAAAAAGGCAUAAAAUGACUUUCUACUGUUUAGAUUUUCAGUUUUUCCCUAAACUGGAAAUGCCUCAUCAUAAGUAGGAUCUACAAUUUUUUUCAUAAAACACAACACGUUCAAUGUUUUAUGUAAAAUAUUAAAAUAUUAAUAUAAGGAUGUAAGAAUGAAAAUAAUCUAAGUCCAGAAAAUGGCAGAUAUGGAAGUGAUUGUAUUCAGUUAACCAGGACUAUGUAGAAGUAGAAAGGAAACAAAAAGAAAAUCUUUUUUUAGCCAGAGCAAAUAUUAAAAACCAUUGCAGAAAAUAGUGGAUUUUGGAUUCCAAACAUUUUCAACAGUGUAAUGGAGAUUUUUCUGUAAUUUUCUUAUCACUGGGUCUUUUCUAAAGUCUUCAUUGAGUUUACCAAAAGUUACUGUAGCUUAAAAGGUUUU